GUGAGGCGGAAGUGUUCCACCCAUGUGAAAUUCCUCAGGUGCAUUUUCAGCGACAAGUUUCACCACGAGAGGCAGGACGUUUGAAAUAUUCAUGCAAUCUUUACCUUGUCGGACGCGGCUUUCUUUCGGGUGCAUCGUGUAACAGAAAAUGACGUCCAAAGUGGUUUAUUCGCACAGAGAUCCCAUGCUGAAGAAAAGAGAUGACUUCGAGGACAUCUUGGAGGAGAGGAGACACUCCAGUGACCUGAGAUACGCCCUCAGAUGUUACACUCCGGUUCUAUACAAAGAACUGACACCCUGCAAAGCCAGCGAGCUGAAGAGUUUGGUGCUGCAGUCGGAUCAGCUACUUUACGUCAUCAAGCAGGUCUCCAAAGAAACGGGCAUGAGUGCAGAUGAAGUCCAGGGGGAGGCGUCAUCCAUCCUGGAGGAGAUGGCUCACCGCCUGCAGAUCAGCACCGUUCGCUUCUUCGCCUUCACGCUCAGCAAAAUCUUUAAGACUUUGUUCAGGAGCAUCUGCGUCAACGAAGAGGGGAUUCAGCGACUCCAGCAGGCCAUUCACGAGCACCCGGUGGUUCUUCUACCGAGCCACCGCAGCUACAUGGACUUCCUGCUCAUGUCUUACAUCCUGUACACCUACGACCUGGCUCUACCUGUCAUCGCUGCUGGCAUGGAUUUCAUGGCCAUGAAGUUUGUCGGGGAGAUGCUACGGAUGUCCGGAGCGUUCUUUAUUCGGAGGUCAUUUGGUGGAGACAAGCUGUACUGGGCCGUCUUCUCCGAGUACGUCAAGACCAUAUUGAAGAAUGGAUUUGCACCAGUUGAAUUUUUCCUGGAGGGAACCAGAAGCCGAACAGCCAAGUCUUUGACCCCAAAGUUAGGUUUGUUGAAUAUAGCGAUGGAUCCCUUCCUGAAAGGGGAAGUGUUCGAUGUGAGCGUGGUCCCAGUCAGCAUCAGCUACGAGAGGAUCCUGGAGGAAACGCUGUACGCCAGAGAGCUGCUGGGUGUACCGAAGCCCAAGGAGUCCACUUCAGGCCUGUUUAAAGCCAGAAAGGUUCUCAGUGAAGACUACGGCAGCAUCCAUGUGUACUUUGGUCAGCCCGUGUCUGUCAGGAGCUUAGCUGAGGGCAGAGUUAACCGCUGCCAGUUCAACCUAACACCAAGACAUAUCCCCCAGAAGCCCGGUGAGGAGAUCCACAGCUUUGUGAAUGACUCGGCUUACAGGCUGGUCCGUGCUCAGGAGGAGAACAUGGUCCUGAAGCCCUGGGUGCUCCUGGCCUCGCUGCUGCUCCAGAGUCACGCAGGACAGAGACGAGGGACGCCCCUGGACGAGCUGACCAGACAGGCCUUGUGGCUCAGAGAUCUCUCCCGGCAGUUUGGCGCCUUCCUCCACUGGCCGGACCACAUUCCUCCCUACGAGGUGGUUUCUGCAAGUCUUUCCCUCCAUCAAGGUUUGGUGAGGGUCUCCGAGGGAACGGUUGAGUUGGCUUUGGAACAAGCCGGAGGACCAGCAGGACCAGCGGGGCCUCACGGUGCCGCCACGCCCGAGGAUGAGCUCUUAAACCAGGCCGUGAUCACGCUCUCCUGCGCCUCCUACAGGAACCAGGUGCUGCACGUCUUCCUCCGACCGGCGCUGCUUGCUUCAGCCAUGCACGCGUGCUCCUGCAACGAGAAACAGGAGGUCUACAACAUUUUCAGCUUUUUGAGGAACAUGUUCUCCAAUGAGUUCAUCCUCUGUCCCGGAGCUGCAGUCCAGGAUUUUGAAGAGGCCUUGUACCUGCUGGUGAAGAGUGGAGCUCUGCAGGCCAACCAGCAGGAGAUUGUGGUAACAGACAGAGGCCGCAGGACCCUGGACUUCCUCACCAGGAUUCUGGAGCCCUUUCUGCAGGGAUACCAGGUGGUGUGUCGGUUCCUGUGCGAGGAGGCGACAGAGGGCCUGACGGAGAAGCAGUUUGUUCCUGCCGUCCGGAAGUUCAUUAUCAAACACCUUCUAAGCGGGAGGCUGAAAUAUGCUGAGGUGUUGUCAUCAGACCUCCAGAAGAACGCCCUUGCAUCUUUGCUGAGACUUGGAGCUGUACAGAAAAUCAAAGGAGGAGAAGAACAAGGACGUCUGAAGGUCGAUGCGGUGAUGCUGAACUCACUGGAGGACACUCUGGGAGGAAAACUCCCCACUCAGAAAGCUCUGGUCGCUCACUUGUAACUCGGUGACCUCAUCAGCUAAAGGGGGCGGCCUCGACCGGCGGGACGGAGACGUCUGUCCGGUGAACCGCACGGCGGCCUAACAACUCCUAAUCCCACUCGGGUCUGUGAGAGAUGGAACUAAAGAGUUGGCAUCUGGAGACUACUCCACCCCUUUUUAUUGAGGUUUCCUGUCAUUUGUUUCACUUUCCUUCCCUCCAUCUUCUUAGAUGCCAACAAGACUUUUGAUAUUAAACCCGGCAAUGAGCGAGGCCUUUAAAGGUUUCAUGCUACACUUUAUCAGACCUUUUGUUGCGGGCUGCCGUUUGGGCGCGUCUGCCUGUGCCAGCUUCACUCCCCCGUCAGCAUAUACGUGUCGUCUAAGUGGCUUUAACCUGCGUUAGGUUUAGUCCACACUUUCAUCUGAGCUUCCCUUUUUUUCUCGCUGUUUGUCUUUAGCUUCGGUUUCUGUUCUUUUGAGCACUUUAACAAAUGUAUACUUGCAAAGUGGUGUGGGCCUUUAACUUAUGUUUUUGCUGUUUACUGUUUUUGUCGAACUUGCCAUGAUCUUGAAUUUCAAAUAUCUUUUUUUUUUCUUACUUUUUUUUUUUUUUCUUACUUUUCUUAAAAAGUUGUUUAAAGUCUCCUGGUUCAGACUUCCCACUUACCAUUGCACAGGAAAGCAGCACACUAGUUUUUAUUUAUACAUAGGAGUUACUGCUGCAGGUGUGAUUAAGUUGCCAAACGUAUCCUUAAAUAGGAGUUGCUCAUACUGAAGCGCCGCAUAAUGAACACAUCUGAGGUUUCUGUUUAUUGCGUUGAGGAAUUUCUCAUUUUCAGGUCUAGAAUAGUUACUCAAUCUGUCAAAGUCAACAUAUUUGAAGGUGUUCAGACUUUAUUAAUGCUUAUUGAAGAUGUGGGUCAGUUUCUACUUCUGUUACAAGGAAAGGAGGAAAAGGCAAGAUAAAGGAUAAUAUAGGAAAACUCAGAGGAACAUCAAAUACUGACAAAUUACCACUUCAACUGAUUAUUGUUGUGAUUUCAAGUCUCAGGAUAAAAAAAAAAGUGUCCAAAGUGUGUUUUAUCUUUUUUUUAAGUCGAGGUUUCCGAAUGAAACUUAUCAGUUAAAAAUGUCUGCGAGUGUUGGUUGCCGGUUGAAAGCCCAGUGUGAGCAGCAGAGUGAGGCGUUACAGUCCUCGGGCCGCAUCAACACUCAACAUUUUUACCAAAGAAACACAGAAAAACCAAACAUCUGCCUUGGACUUCAGAAAGACUGCACAGAAAGACUUACAGUCGCUUUCCUUAUUGACACAUGUUUAUGUGAGGAAUUCAAAAGCACAUUCAGCCAGUACUUAUUGAUCCGAUGGUUUGAAUGUUUAACACACUUAAUACAUGCCAGUAGAGUGUAAUGUUUGCUUAAAGGUGGAUGCACACUUGUCCACUUCCUGACUAAUUUCUUGUGUAUGAUGAUGCUUCAUGAGCCUAUUCCAUAAAAGGAAUAGAGAAUUUGAGGACUGAGGGGUGAGGCCUGCCUGCUGCUUUCAGAGGGAUGAGACGGCGCUCAGAGGGUUCUUAGUUGACGCCCGUCAUAGCCAUGAAGUUUGAAAGGAGUGCUCUAAACAUGCACUCUAGUUUUUUUUUUUUUUUUGUUUUUUUUUAAUGGGUUAAAAAAAAACUAACAGUUUUAAUUCCAAAGGUAAAUGAGCCACACAAUGGCCAUAAAUUGCACAGGGGUUUAUUUCAAAGCUUUCACAUAUUGUUUAUCUCAGUUGGUACAUACUGAAUCUGUAAAACCUUCAUCUCUGUCGUUGACUGUGGCUGAAGGAACCUGAAAAGCAGCCCUGCAGAGAAACGUUUCAUAAAACCAUCUCCAAGUCAACACAUCAUCCAAAGUCUGCGGUGUCAUCUAUAUUUGUCGUUGAAUUGUUUUGCUUGUUUUCCCAUGUUCACGAGAGCCUUUACAUACUGUAUGUGUUCAUCUUUUUGUGUGUGUGUGUGCCUUUUAACUUUUUGUCUGAGGCCUUUAAGUACUGUUAUA